AUGUCUCAUUCGGACUCGGACACGUCUUCGUUGUCUUCCGCUGUGUCGAUUGAAGACGAGGCUAUGGCUGCAUCUAUAAAUCGCGCGGUCGGGAUAAAAAAAUAUUUCAAACGUGAGAAGCAAACCGAGUCGCCGCCUCCGAAGCGUGCACCAUCACCACCGCACGAAUACGUGCUUGCCGACAAUCCAAACAUUGCAUUCAUCGUAAUGUUCCGGUCUAGAUUUAGCGACAUCUUCCCUAAAUCAGUUCCCAACUACGGCCCACAAGAUAUUGAGAAAGGUGUCACGGAUGCUGUCCCUGGCGACCACAUAGAACGGCUGUUAUGCGCCUUAAUUGGCCUCGUUCUUAACCGGAAGAAAGACGUUGAGUCCGUUUGCCUCCAUUCCCAACCUCGCCUUAAGCUGGCGGAUACUCACCCCUCCUCGAUAUAUAUCUGGAGGGGCCAUUUCCAACGGGCCCUCGAGGAAGCCGUCCAGACGCAUUACAAUCAAUGGCCACGAGCAUGGGAAGGCAAAAACCCACUCCAUGGUGGACGUACAUUUGCGACUAUGUCCCCAGAAGAUCGGCUGUCGUUCCUCAAAACGUUGAUUCUUUGGGCCCUCUCCUCGUCUGAAGCUAUUCAAGCGAAGCUCAAAGAAAGCUAUAAACAAACAAGGCAAGACGGAGACCGCAAUCAACCUCUAUCUGUUCAACCGUGGGGAAGCGAUAGUUACAAACGGCGUUACUGGCUUAUCGAAGGCCGCGAUGACACACAUUUCAGAGUUUAUCGGGAGAGCAACCCUGCCCUCAAAACCAACACAUGGUGGAGCGUCGCAGGCUCAAUUGAUGAGCUAAAGGCUGUUGCCGAAUCCCUUGGUGCUGAGAAGUCGCGUGCGGCGAAGGAGCUGAGCGACAGGAUGCGCAAUAGCAUACCCCGUUUCGAGGCAUCCGAAGAGAAACGGAAACGCCGCGAUUAUCGAUUAGCCCGAAAAGCAGCAUUUGCGCGCCCUGAACCUGGAUUCUCCCUAUAUGAAGGUCGCACCCGUGGAAAACGGAUUAAGUAUACGUUUUCUGAUGAAGAAGAUUUAUCAGACGAAUAUGCUUCUAGAAGAUCUACGCGGCAACAAACUCGCGGUUCAACUCCUGGAGAGCCGUCCGGCCCAACUUACACUGCUAGCGGCCGUCAAGUUAAGGCUCGGGUUGGAGGUAUAUACGGGGAGACAAUAACCACACGGCAACGCAAAGACACAGCCCAGGAUCAUGGCCUUAUGAAUGGCAGAGCACAGCGAAGUACGAGGUCGAAUGGAUUGACACGUGAUACCAACAUUGACAGCUAUAAUUCUGUGGAUGCAAUGGAUGAAGAUGACGAGCCAGAAGCAGUUUCAAGCGGACAGGAAUGGGAAGGCGGGGAUGAACAUUCCGCCGAGGAAGACGAGGAUAUGAGUGACGUUGGAUCCUUAGAUGAAGAUGAUACAGUUCGACCAAGUCUGGUUGUCCAAUUGAGAUAUGGUCAAGGAAAAGACGGCGAGACGCUUCAGGACAGUCCUAACCCAACAAGUUCUACAGAUGGCACAGCACCUGAAGCGCAAUCUGCAUCUGCCCACGUCACGGCGUCGUCAAGCCGUCCGACUGUGCGACUUGGGGACCACACUUCAUCAGGUCAUGAUUCCCCUGCGAAGAGUGUAGCGCCGCUGCUCCCAGCGCAACCCGUUGAAUUGCCUCCCAAUCAACCAACCGCCGCUGAAAAUCAAACCCCCCAAGCUUCUCAAAAUGGCACUCGGCAGGGAUAUCACCACAGUGGUCCAGAGAAGUGA